AUGGCCUAGAAGUCGAUUGGAGAUGAGUUUCGACAAAAAUCUCAUACUGGCCGGGUUUGUUUCUUGGCGAUAAAAUUUCAGAGAAAUUUCCCGCGGUAAAAAGAGGUAUUAAAAAAAAGUUAAAAUAAAAAAGUUAUUGCCAGGAACUUGGGCUCCUAACCAAACAAAUGCGUUGCCCAUCUUGUAAAACUUAUACUGAGCAAAAUCUACAAAAUGAAGCGGGCCGGAAGAUCUCACUCAGAACGCAGGUUUCAGUGCAAUAAAGAAAACUUUAUUUUAACUUUUUGACAGACAAAUUGCUAUGGCCAAACCAAGCUCCUUUCCGAAGUGGUAUUUGAUUUUCGCCGAUUUCUUACAACUUUUCUAACAAUUUUUUUCAGAUUCAUAAUCUCUGUAUUUUUCCACAUAUUUGACAAAAAACAAAUUUCUGAAAAAAGUGAAAAAUGAAGAAAGUGGGGAAGUAGGGCAUUGAAAUUUUGAAAUGCCGAUUUUUGCCAAUUUUUUUUCAGAUUCGUAAUCCCCGUACCCGAAAACGGGGGUUCCUGUAUAAUAAAAAAAUAAAUAAAUAAAGGGAGGUACAAAAGGAAGUUACGAUUGUUUACACGGUAUUUUGUCCGACACUGUAAGGACUGUAAAAAAACAACAAAAAAAAUUGUCUUGUUGCGCAAUGGUCCUUAAAUGAAAUACAACAACAUGAAUGAAAAAGACAAGGAAACGCUUAUAGCGAAAAGAGUGGAGUUGGUUGAAAAUAUAAUGAUGGAAGAACUUUUAACACAUUUGAUAGCCAAAGGGGUUGUAACAAAAAGAAAUGCUGAAUAUAUUAACGCUAUCAAUGUUAACUCCAAGAAAGUUGAAUACUUUUUGGACCUUCUUCCAAAACGAGGCCCUGAUGCAUUUCAGAUUUUCUGUGAGGCCCUAAAUACAACUGGCCAGGAGUUUAUUGUUUCACAUUAUUUAAAAGAGGACAAUAAAACUAAUGACUUGUCAUUUGAUUGCAUUCCUACUGCAAAAGAUAAUGAACCAAGCAAUCAGCUUUUAUUGAAAGACAAUGAUAAUUCCAUUAUUAGAAUUAAGUACAGCUCAACUUCUCCACUCAAGAAAUGCAAUAGCACUCCAACCAAGAGUUCUCCUAAAUCACCCGAGGUCAGACAUCUUCUGAAACAUGUUAUAUCUGAACCUACACCCUCACAGUUUUCUUUGAAUGGUAAUCAGACAGGAAUUACUAGAUGUGACCGCAUUGACAACAGCAUGUCUCCAGCUAUUGAAGAACCAUGGCCAAAGAAAAGAAAAGUAUGCAAUGAACAGGAUAUUGAUAUCCUUAAAAUCAAGCCUGCUACCCAAGAAUUUUAUUAUAAAAACCAUUCUCAAUCUUACAAAAUGGAUGGUAUACCCCGUGGCCUGGCUCUUGUAAUAAACAUCAACAAAAUUGCUGGAAUGGCUCCUCGUGAAGGCAGUAGCAUUGAUCAUAGAAGAAUGUCUUACUUACUCAAGCAAUUACAGUUUACAGUAAUUUCUUAUGAUAAUGAAAACCUAACAGCAGAGAAUAUCUUAAUUAAAGUUCGAGAAUUUAAGGAUUUACCCGAACACAAAAAUGCAGAUGCUACAGUGGUUUGUUUAUUUAGUCAUGGAACUAAUGGCUACAUAUUUGGAACUGAUGGUGAAAAAGUACCCUUGAAUGAUGUUUUCUCUCUGUUUGACGUUGAUGAAUGUCCAGAUUUGAGGAAGAAGCCCAAAAUCUUCAUAAUGCAGUCCUGCCGUGGAGAUAAUGUUGAUUUGAGAAGGGUACCAACUCUGAAAGUUUCUGCCGAAGACUUUGCUGACAAUGUGCCUGUACAAAAGACAGAACCAACCAUGUCUGAUUCAUUAUUUUGCUAUCCAACACAAGAAGGAUAUCGAGCAUGGCGUAACUAUGAAGAAGGUAGUUGGUUCAUUCAAGCUCUUGUCGACGUUUUUGCUAAACAUGCUUGGGAGAAGGAUAUUUGUGCCAUGCUAAAUAUGGUGAACAGUAUGGUUUCCCAAAGAACAUCCUUGAAUCCUUCAACUGGCUUAAAUGGUGCCAAGCAAAUGUCUGAAUUCAAAAGCACUCUUAGAAAACCACAUUUAUAUUUUUAUCCUGGUAUUGGUCGCAAACAAAAUUAGGAAUCUACAAACAAGGCAAAAGGAAAACUUAUCUCAAGGCUUUUUAAAUUUUGACUCAUUCAUUUAUCAUUUUGGUUUGAUAAAUUGAUAUUUAGUGCAUUUAUCCUCAUUUAUCAUGGGGAUAGAUACACUAAAUAUCAGUUUUCUGCUAAAAAGUAGUGAUAAAUAAAUCAACUCCACACACUUUUUAAAUGGAAUGAAUGAUGGGUUCAUUGACACCACUUGUGGCCCACGACAAUGAAGCUUCCACUUUAUGUAUUUAUCUGAUCAUCUCUGCCUUUUCAUGUAGAGAAUAUACCAUAUUUUAAUGUGUAUAAGGAACCGCCUAAUUUUGGGGGCUUUGAAUUUGGAAAAAAAAGUUUUGUAAGGGAUUAUUAUACUAUCCAUGGAUAAGAAACUCUCAUUUUUUUUUUAACUUAAUUUUUGACAAAAAAGGGUCAAUUAUACACAUUAAAAUACAGUACUUAUCUGCAUCACUCAUUAGGAUCAGGUUUCUUUGUCUUUCUUUCUGUUCACUGGUCCCAUAUUGAUAGGUAUGAGUGCAUAAGUCCAUAUAAAAUAAAGUAUGCAGCUAUGUUGCAUGAUCAUAUAAACACAUCAGUGCAUUUUGGGUAGCUAAUCAUUGUGAGUGUACAUGGGGGUGGCCAAAGCAGAAUUUUUGACUGAUCACUGACAUAUGUUUAUCACAUAUCAGUUUGUGAUAAGCAUAAUAUACAGUUCACAAUUGAACAUACUGUGUUGUCUUGGAAGAAUCAGUGAUGAUAAACAAAUGAAAUUCAUUAAUCUUAUUUUAACAAUCCUCUCAUUGCUGAAAUGGUUCAGGAGACCUCAUUUGUCACCUCGAGUUUACCUAUAUUUCCAUUCUGUCUUUAUCCUCAUUAUGUCCAUUUGUAAAAUGUUGAAUCUAAGAAUUUCGUCUUUGAUAUAUUUUUACUUAUUUAUUUUAUUUAUUUAUUUAUUUCUACUUGUUAUAAAUUAGUUUUAAGAAUAUCCUUUCUGUUAUAGAAAGGCAUAAGCUUGUUGUUUAUCAUAAUCACCCUUAUCAUGGUGAUCAUCAAUGAUUUUUUACAUUCCCUAUAUUAUACGUAAUACACAACGCUUUGUUGCAUCUCCCUAUCCUACAUCAUCGUCUCUAUGAGGCCAAAUUCAUUUGAUAAUACCUGAAACAAAACCAAUCCAGACAUCACGGAAAGCUUUUAAUGUUCAGUUUUCUUGUACUGUUUAUUUGCACUCAAUCACAUUUUUUUGCAUCUUUGCUGAAAUUCUGGUUUUAUUUUAUUUUUUAUAUCAGCUCAAACCAUUAUCAUUUAUAGUUUUUUUUUUUUUUUUUUAACUGAAUACAUCAAAUCAGGAAAAUAUUUUCAUUAGUUUCUCUAAGGCAAAUAUAUAUAUUGACAAUGUGGUGUGAUCUUGGCGAUUAACUUAUCGUAAGGGGAGACAAUUACUUGUCGAUUAAGCUGAGUUGUGGAAUUUACAUGAAAAAGUAAGGAAGUCGUACAGAACGGAGACAUUUAAUUUAUUGUUUUCCUCCGACACAUUAUAAAGUUGCUGAAAGUUCUAAUCAUUAGUAGCCAUGUGUAGCACUUUUUCAUCCUUCUUUGGAAUCGUCACCACAGCAGACAUUGAGAGAAAUAAACAAAGCUAAAUUCAACAUAUCAAGGGGAAAUCGCUUAAAAGACUUUUUUUUCUUUUGUCAUCUUAAAUCGUUGUUCAGUUAUAGAGAAAAGAGUGUCUUUUUUUUUUUACCAUCUUAUUUCGAUAAUCCUCUCAGACCAUUUGUUAUCUCGAUUUUACCUAUAUUUCCAUUCUGCUCUGAUCUCUAUUCUGUCUUUAUCCUCAUUAUGUCCAGUCUUAAAAUGUUGAAUCUAAGAAUUUUGUCUUCGAUAUAUUUUUAUUUAUAUAUUUUUUCUACUUGUUAUAAAUUAUUUUAAAGAAUAUCCUACUGUUAUAUAAAGGCAUGGUUGUUGUUGUUGUUGCUGCUGCUUUUUAAUAAAAUCUAUGCUAUCAAGAGUAGACAAGUGAGCUCAAUAAUGGUUAACAAAAUCAGUGCAUCAAUUUCUUUAUUAUUGCACUUACUUUCUCCAUCUUGGAGAAAGAAAAAGAAAUACAUUGAUUUUUUUCCAGGAUGAAAAUUCAUUUCUUCCUCCAAAAUUCUUUAUUAUAUCUUUACUUAUGUCACCCAAGUAAUUUUGUUACGGCUAUACAGUUCAACGCUUCAAUUGUUUUAACAUUCGAGUGCCGUACUGGUUUUUUAGCAUUUGCAAGGACAAUAAUUUCAAUUAAAAAUGUAUUAGUUAUGUCCCUUACUUAAGUAACUGAUUGUAAAGCACAUUGUUUUUGGAAUGAUGUAACUAUGUUAUUUCACCAUCAUCGUUUAACGUCCGCUUUCCAUGCUUGACAGGGCAACUCUCUGUUGUGGUAUGGCUUCUAUGGUUGGGUGCCCUUCCUAACGCCAACCACUUAACAGAGUCUGCUUGGUGUUAUUUAUGUGCCACCAGCAUGGGUGCUUUUUAAGUGGCACUGGCACCUGAUAGGACAAUCAUUCAAUCUGUCUUUCACUCUGAAGAGGCCCUUAGUUACCCACAAAGGUAGAAGCUCUCUGAACUUUGUCCAUUCUUAUCCUAGCAAACCACACUUUCAGAACUUCCACCACCACUGCUAACUUGGUCUCCUAGAUCAGGGGUUUUCAAACUUUUUGACUUGCGGACCCCUUUAUAUUUCAGGCUUUACUUUAGGACCCCCUUAUAAACACUUAUGAAAUUUAUACAUAAAUAUUUGCUUAAAAUAACAUAUAUUUUUACAUUUAUUUAUUUAACAAAUAAGUUUAUUGUCAAUUAAAAGAUUUUGAUUAAAAAACAUAUAUAAAAUCAAAUUGCCCAUAAAAAGUAUUUGCUGUCCACAGACCCCCUGUCUUGUCCUUGCGGACCACAGUUUGAAAACCCCUCUCCUAGAUAACAUAAGCUAUUAUUUCUAAUGAUCCCCCUGAGCAUUUGAGGGAGCUUAUUGUCUGUGCAUUUUUAGUGUUUAUUAUACACAAAAACUGUAUUCUCUGUUAACUUUCCUCUGAUACUGCUACAUCUCUUUUGUGUCCAAAUCUUGCACUUAUGGAGUUUCUACCAACACCCUUCUUACAUAUUGAGCAGUGUCAUCUCCUAGAAGGGACUUGUGAUUUGUCUGUUUUCCUACUUACUAGGACUUUGGUCUUUGCUGAAUUAACUCUAAAGCCCUUAGAUUUCAGGUCUUGUUUCCACACCUGAAAAUUCUUCUCUAGAUCAAGUAGUGAUUCAGCUAUAAGAACAAGGUCAUCAAUGUAGAGGAGUUCCUAAGGACAACUGAUCUUGAAUUCCUCUGUUAAGACCUGGAGGACUAAGAUAAACAUGAAGAGGCUGAGAACUGAGCCUUGGUGAACUGCUUGCACACCGAUAUAUAUAUAUAUGUUGUUUACACCACUUGUCUUCGUCUGUUAUUUUUUUCGUAAAUUCUCCCAUAUAUAUAUAUAUAUACAAAACUUAGUGAAUUGAAACUUUAUUACGAAUAUUAUUUUUUGUUUUUGACAAAAAUCAAAUCUUUGAUUACUUCAGUUCUUGUAAUGACAACUAAAUCUAUUCCUAUUUUACCAGCUGAACAUUUAGAUAAACUGUAGACAAAAGCAAAAUCUCCAAAUUUUCCAACUAUUUUGUUGCAAAGUAAGUUUCUUAUCCACACAGUUAUGCCUGUAGUAUUUAUUUGCACCAAUCAUUGGUAAUUCUCAUCUAUAUCAAUCUCAUUCUACUUCUUUGUUGUCCAAUUAAUCUCAUGCAUUUCCUAUUUAAACUGAUUUUGAUCAGAAAUAUCACUAUUUAUUUAAAAUGACACAGAUAAUCUGUUGGUUCACAAUUUUUUUUUAGUAGAAUGAGGAAGGAACCAAUUUCCUCAAGAAGUAUUUUGUAUACUUUUCAAUAUUCAUUAAGAUUCAGAUAUUUUCUUUUAAUCACAUAAGCUCAGAAGUGGCUGUGUGGUGAGAAGUCUGCUUUCCAGCCUCAUUGUUCUGGGUUCAUGGUGCAUGGCACCUUGGGCAAUUCUCAAUACUGAGUGCAUUUGGUGGACGGAAACUGAAAGAAGCCUGUCAUAUGUGUGCAUGUUUAUGCCCCCACAACAUUAGCAGUUCAGCAAAAGAAAGCGGUAGAAUAAGUACUAGGCUUAAUAGAUAAGUCCUGGGGUCAAUUCAUUGGACUAAAAUUCUUCUAGGUGAUGCUCCCAGCAUGGCUGUACUCUAAUGACUGAAACAAGUUUUAAAAAAAAAUUUUAAUUGUCCUAUUGAUUUUAAUGAAGAAAACAUCAGUUGAAGUUGUCUCCAGAAAGAUUAGUCAUUUCUAUGUAUUUUUGUAAUGAAAACAUCCAUUGUCAAUACAUUAUGGUAGUUUCAAACAUCAAUAUGCUACUUCCUGUUGUUUUUUAUCAUCAGAGAACAUCCCCCCACUUUAAACUAUGUGAGCUCAUAACAUACAUGAUCCCCCCACCCCACACCAUCUCUUACACUGGAUCAUGGGUGUUAUGACUAAAGAAGGGAGACAUCCUCUGAUGACGAAAAACAACAGCAACCAGAUAUUCAAGAUCAAAUCUACCUGAACGUAUUGAAAAUAUUUUAUUGUUUGAAUUCUCACUGUUCAGUAUGCUCUUCAUGAAUUAUUAGCUUUUUGUAAUAAAACUUGUCUCUUUCA